GAUCCUGCCAGACACCUGAGUGUAUUUUUUGUUCUGCUCCCCAACUAAAACAUUUGAGAGUACCAGGAUGAGCUCCAGCAAGAAGGUAGAGAACCGCCAAGAGAGCGACACCCUGGGAGCCAUGGACGUGCCCAUGGACCGCUAUUACGGCGCGCAGACGAUGCGCUGUCUGCUUAACUUCCGCAUUGGCGGCGAGGAGGAGCGAAUGCCGCGCCAGAUAAUCCAGGGAAUGGGCAUACUGAAGAAGGCGGCCGCCGAGACCAACCAGGAAUUCGGACUGGAUCCCAAGCUCAGCACGGCGAUUUCGAAUGCCGCCGACGACGUGAUCUCCGGCAAGCUCUACGACGAGGGCCACUUCCCGCUGCCCAUCUGGCAGACGGGCUCCGGUACGCAGAGCAACAUGAACACCAACGAGGUGAUCGGCAACCGGGCCAUCGAGCUCCUGGGCGGACGCAUCGGCUCCAAGGACCCGGUGCAUCCCAACGACCAUGUGAACAAGUCGCAGAGCUCCAACGACACCUUCCCCUCGGCCAUUCACAUUGCGGUGGCCACCGCCCUGACCAAGGAUCUGCGGCCGGCGGUGACGGCCCUGCGGGACUCGCUGCAGGCCAAGUCCGUUGAGUGGAAGGACGUCAUCAAGAUCGGACGCACCCACACCCAGGAUGCGGUGCCGCUGACGCUGGGCCAGGAGUUCAGCGGCUAUGCCCAGCAGCUGAGCAACGGGCUGCAGCGGAUCGAGGCGGUCCUGCCACGGGUCUACCAGCUGGCUCUCGGCGGCACCGCCGUGGGAACGGGUCUGAAUACGCGCCGCGGAUUCGCCGAGAAGUGCGUCAAGCGGAUCGCCCAGCUCAGCGGACUGCCCUUCGUGGUGGCCCCCAACUUCUUCGAGGCCCUGGCCAGCCGGGACGCGAUGGUCGAGGUGCACGGAGCCCUCAACGUUCUGGCCGUCAGCCUGAUGAAGGUCACCAAUGACAUACGGUUCCUGGGCUCCGGACCGCGCUGCGGCCUGGGCGAACUGCUGCUGCCGGAGAACGAGCCGGGCAGCUCCAUUAUGCCCGGCAAGGUGAAUCCCACGCAGUGCGAGGCCAUGACCAUGAUCUGCGCCCAGGUGAUGGGCAACCAUGUGGCCGUCACCGUCGGCGGGGCCAACGGACACUUCGAGCUGAACGUCUUCAAGCCACUGAUCGCCUCCAAUGUGCUGCGCUCCAUCAAGCUGCUGGCCGAUGGGUGUAUCAGCUUCAACUGCAAUUGCGUCAAGGGCAUUAAGGCCAACAAGGAGAAAUUGGCCAAGAUCGUAAACGAGUCGCUAAUGCUGGUGACCGCCCUCAAUCCGCAUAUUGGCUAUGACAAGUCGGCUCAGAUCGCCAAGGCGGCCCACAAGAAUGGAACAACUCUGAAGGAGGAGGCCUUGAACGCUGGCAUAUCGGAGAAGGACUUCAACGAUUGGGUGCGUCCCGACAAAAUGUUGGGUCCUUCCUAGGCUCCACCACUCGGAUCCAUGUUUUAUUUGUUCAUAAAUUCGAUGUUACAAAAUUCAAACAUGGGAAAUAAAAUGGAGUAGGACUUUCCGAAA